UCUAGCCUGUCCCUAUUGAAACAAAGGGGAAGGUCUGCCGGGUGUGACUACAAGUCCCAGCGGACUUUGCGCUCUUCGGAUGCACCAUCGUUAUCACAGGACGGGGGUGGGAGAUCUCAAGUGUCAGAGGGCGAAGGUGACUAGACACAGUAAUCGUGAUCUUGGGUCCUGGCAUGGCGAAAUGGUUCCUGAGGCUUGGAGCAGUAAUUACAGGAGGGUUAGCAUUGUCUGAUUUAUAUGUUGCAACCCAUGUGGACCCUAAUGAUGUUGCAUUUGUUCGAAUUGUACGAGCUGUGGCCACUACUGCAGUCAUCAGUUUUGACUACAUGACCUCACUCAAAAGGACAGAGUAUGGGACGGAAGAAUACGAGACUGUCAAAUCACAGGUCCAUCGUCGCUCUGCUGAACGCUUGCUCAACCUUUGCUGCGCCAACAGGGGCACGUUCAUCAAAGUGGGCCAACAUCUGGGAGGCUUGGACUACCUGUUACCUGAAGAGUACACCAGCACACUGAAGAUUCUACAUAGUAAAGCCCCACAGAGCAGUCUGCAAGACAUCCAGCAGGUCGUUGAGGAAGACCUCGGCAAAGGGAUUCAUGAGCUAUUUGUCAGCUUUGAAGAAACUCCACUGGGUGCAGCAUCCUGGGCCCAAGUCCACAAGGCAGUGUUACAUGAUGGAAGCACAGUGGCAGUCAAAGUCCAGCAUCCAAAAGUUCGGGAUCAAUGUGCCCAGGACAUCAUUUUAAUGGAGACUCUAGUUCAAGGCGUGUCAUGGAUGUUCCCCGACUUCAGUUUUGCUUGGCUGGUUGAUGAAGCAAAGAAAAACACUCCACUAGAACUGGACUUCCUGAAAGAGGGCCACAAUACAGAGGAGGUGGCUAACAUGCUCAAGCACUUUCACUUUCUUAAGGUCCCUAAAAUUCAUUGGGAACUGUCAACCAGUCGUGUCCUGACCAUGGAGUUUAUGGAAGGCGGUCAAGUAAAUGACAGAGAGUACAUGAAGAAAAAUGGCAUUGACGUGAAUGAGAUUUCUCGAAAUCUUGGGAAGCUGUACAGUGAAAUGAUCUUUGUAAAUGGCUUCGUGCAUUGUGACCCACAUCCUGGCAACGUGCUGGUGAGAAAGUCCACACAAACUAACAAGGCUGAAAUCGUGUUGCUGGACCAUGGAUUGUAUCAGAACUUGACAGAGGAGUUCCGUCUCGACUAUUGUCACCUGUGGCAUUCUCUGAUUAGAACCGACAUGAAAGGCAUUGAGAUGUACAGCAAGCGUCUGGGAGCCGGAGACUUAUAUCCACUCUUUGCCUGCAUGCUAACAGCCAGAUCCUGGGCUUCUAUAACCAAAGGAAUUGACCAAAUGCCCGUCUCCAAGACUGAGGACAUGGAGAUUAGAGUAAAUGCAGUUAAGUAUCUACCUCGCAUCAACGAACUGCUGAAUAAGGUCCCUCGCCAAAUGCUUCUGCUCCUAAAGACUAAUGACCUCCUUCGGGGGAUUGAAACAUCACUCCAGACCCGAGCCAGUGCUACUUACUUUAUCAACAUGUCACGUUGCUGUGUCAGAGCUUUAUCCAGGUACGAGAGGGAUAAGUGUAAAUCCUGGUACGGGAAGCUGAAAAUCUCCUGGGCCAAAACUCUUGAUCUUUGGCAGAUCAACCUGUACGAGGUCUUGCUCUGGAUUAAAGCGUCGUUGUUGGGGAGUUGGAUUGCUGGCAUCCUGGGCUAUGAUCAUCCUCUGCAAUGAAGCCGCUCUCUGACAAAGAAAAGACCAUUAAUAUUUAUUCUUGGGUUUUCUAUUCUUCUGCUGCACUUAAUGACCAUUUUGGCCAGCCUAAAGCUUCCUAUGUGCUGUGAGAUUGUAGCAGGCCAGGCCCUAAUUAACUUAUGGACUUGCUAGAGUUUCUUUCCUCUCGUUGUUAAAGGUUGAACUCAUUAUCAUAUUUCCAACCAUUUACUCGCGACGCUUGUUGUGUUGAAUCAGUCAUGUAGCACUCCACUGCCCCUCCCACACCCCUCUGCCCUGUAAGCAUUAGAAAUCCAAUUCUGGGAUCUAUCUGAAUAAAAUGAUGCCCUCUGAUGGUUGUCCCAUCCAUGUCUGAACAUGACCAUCAAGCUCUGCUGAUGGCUCAGCUCCCUUGAACUUAGAAGAUUAAGGGGCAAUUGAAUUGAGGCAUUCAGGAUGAAGGAGUUGAUGGUAGAUGAAAACUUUCUUCUGGUUGGUGAGGGUGGGAUAGGUGAGGGGGUUGGGCAGAGUGGCGCUGUGGGGGAGUCCAGAACCAGUGGGUCAUUCAAGGGUGAUGUCAGGAAGCACUUCUUCACACAAUGGCUAGUAGAAAUCUGGAACUCUCCCUCCACCCAGGAUGGGGAAUCAGUUGUAAGUGUCAAAACGGAGCUCAAGCUCAAUUUUUGUUAGGCAAGGGUCAUGGAAACAAGGUGGGUAGGUGGGAUUAAGAUACAGAUCAGCUGUAAAAACAAACAAAAAAACGUUGGGAAUACUCAGCAGGUCAGGCAGCAUCUGUGGAGAGAAACACAGUUAGCGUUUCAGGUUGAGGUGACCUUUCUUCAGAAUUGAAGAAAGAUAGAAAUGUAAGAGCUUUUAAAAACAGGGUAAGUGAUGGGGGCAGGGGCGAGUGGGCAGGAGGCAGAAAGAACAAAAGGCAAGCUCUGUGAUAAAGUAAAGGGCAGGGAGGAUUCAAUAACAAAAAUUUCAUGGGUGUAAUGUUGGAAAUGCAGCAGCCAGUUUGUGCACAGCAAGCUCCCACAAACAGCAAUGUGGCAACAACCAGUUAAUCUGAUUUUUAGUGAUAUUGACUGAGGGAUAAAUAUUGUUAGUCAUUCCAGGAAUAACAACCCUGCGCUUCUUCAAAAUAGUGCCAUGAGAUCCUUUACAUGCACCUGAGUGGCAGGCAGCAGCUCAGUUUAACACCUCAUCUGAAAGUCAGCACUGUCUGACAGUGUAGCACCCCUUUAGUGCCAGCCUAGAUUUUUGUGUUCAAGCCUCUGGAAUGGGACUUGAACCCACAAUGUUCUGCCUCAGAGGCACAAGUGCUACCAGCUGAACAUCAACCUUCAAUCUUAUUGCUCCUAGUGGUGAACAAAUUUUGCAAUUCCACUUUGUUGCGAGCAACCACGUCCAACUGACCCACUCCUUUUACUUCAGUAUUCACAACGUUACACCUUUUCUUGGGUCUGCCUGAUUUUUUUCGUUGGAGUUUACUUUUCUAACAGUCUCGAGCGAGACAAAUUUAGAGUUUUCUCAGGAGAUGUCCAACCCAUCCCCACUUUCCCUAUCUUAUUUGCGAAUCCAUUCUCUCCUCCCAGUCUUAGCCCCCGUGGUUCCUCAUUCCCGAUGGUUUCUGGCCGGCAAAUGUCCAAAAUUAUUUAUCCUGACAAAUGUGUGUUCCUUGUUUGCUAAGGUCCUGGUUCCUCCAUUCUAUGCAAAGGCACUGAUUUUGGCAUUGGUGUUAAAAAUGCAAUGUUUGGUCUUUUGAGAUAAUGUUUGGGAUUCAGAUGGGAUCAUUUGACAACUUGGCAGUGGCUUUCUUCAAAAGAAUUAAGUUCACUCCUAUGUGUGAGGCAUUUUUUUCUUCAUGGCCAGAUUAAACUGCUUGAUGUUCCAUA